AUGCUCAAGCUUAUUCUUAUAUUACAAUUUUUUCAAUUCACGAAUGCCUUUUUUAAUUGUUCGAGACCACGGAUUACCAGAUCAUAUCUGUACGGCGCAAUGAAAAAUGCCGAUAUAGUGGCAUCGGCUUCCAUUAAAGGAAUUGUCUAUCAAUCGGAGACGAUGCAUAUUGAAAAGUUGAUCAUUCUGCCAAAACGUGUCUUUAAAGGCUACGAAUAUAUUGAUGGACUGAAAUCAAUUAAUGUUAGGAACAUAAUGGAAGUAGAGUUAUGUCCUCAUCGUCUUUUCCGUGAUGAAUACCGAGUAUUUAUCAUGUCAUCCCGGCAAGGCCAAUUCAGUUUGGAAGCGCCGCUCAUCCGUGUGAAUCUUGUAACUCUUGACGCCCUCCACACCUUGUCUAUUGGUCAUGCUCAUCGCAAGCGACGCAAGACAAAACGAACUGUAUGCGAAAGUUCUCUGUGCCCGUUUGGUUCAAAAUGUAAUCUUUCCACGGGCACAUGCGAGUGCAAGUCACGUUGUCGAGCUCGAAACGACGUUGUGUGCGGCAACGACAACGUCUCGUAUUCUUCUCUUUGCCAUCUAUCCGUUCGUUCUUGUAUGCUGACUAAAAAAGGCAUCAGACUGCGAGUUGCCUCAAAAGGAGCGUGUAAGAAACGGAACCCUUGUGAGGAUUUAAGAUGUGGACCUGGAGAGGAAUGUGUGGUUAAUCAGAUUAAUGGAAUUCUCGAGGCAAAAUGUGUCUGCCCUAAGGAAUGUCCAAACUAUGGUGAUUCUGUGGAAUCAUCGCAAGUUUGUUCGUCACACGGGGUUGAUUAUCCAUCUGCAUGUCAUCUACGUUAUCAUGCGUGUGAAUCUAAUACGAAUAUUACAGUAAAAUACUAUGGUCGAUGCGACCCAUGCAGUGACCAUAAAUGUCCACAUGGGUUGAUUUGCCAAGUUGGAAAGGAUCGAAGGCCGGAAUGUCGUUGCAGCGAGCAAUGUCCUCUUGAUUAUUCGCCGGUCUGUGGAACAGAUGGAAAAACGUACACAAAUGAUUGCAUUCUUCGACUUGCUGCGUGCAAGCAACAAUCUGACAUUCAAGUUUGGAUGAAGGGAAAGUGUGAUGAAAUUGAUAGUCCGUGUGAGAAACUGAAAUGCGAUUACUGGUCGCGAUGCCAAAUAAAGAACGGACAUGAUGCGGUUUGUGAGUGUGAGACGAAAUGUGAAGAGCUAAUGAGGCCUGUCUGCGCUACGAAUGGCGAGACUUUCGAAAAUGAGUGUUUAAUGAGGAAAAAGAGCUGUGAGACUCGCACAACUUUGCGAAUAAAGCAUCACGGAACCUGCGGAGUUGGAGCUUGCGCCACAUUUAAUUUAUGUAAGAAACCGGAAGUAUGCGAGAUAACCGAUGGCAAGCCAAAAUGCACUUGUCCGAACUGCAAUGACGAGCUAAAAGAAGUCUGUGGCAGCGAUGGAAAAACAUAUGCAAAUGAGUGUAAACUUCGUCGAGCGGCUUGUUUGACACAACGUGAUAUUUUUGUGAAAUACAAUUCAGUUUGUGAAGGAUGUGAGCAUGCGAAGUGCGAGUUUUAUUCAACUUGUAUUGCAGCAAGUAAUAGAGCGAUUGAAUGCCGGUGCCCAGAUGAUUGUCCUACUAAAAAAAUGGGAGCCCAAUUAGAAGUUUGUGGUACUGACGGAGUGACAUAUUCUAGUGAAUGUCAUUUACGUAAGGCAGCUUGCCAUCAGAAGCGAUUUAUCGUUGUUGCGUUCAAAGGAAAAUGUGAUGCCUGCGUUAAUGUACAAUGCCAGUAUGGUGAAGAAUGUAGGGAUGGGGAGUGUAUUUGCUCGUACAAUUGCCCACUUCAUCCACCGGCGAGUUCGAGAAUUUGUGGCGAGGAUGGUGUUUUAUACCCAUCAGCUUGUCAUCUUCAAUCGGCGUCUUGUAAAAAAGGAAUACCUAUUGAAAAAAUGCCGAUGGCGCAUUGCCACGCAGCACAAAUCACCAUCGAAGAUAAAUGUGAAUGCAAUCGAGUUGGCUCAUUUGACCACACCUGCGAUGAGCAAGGACAGUGUAAAUGCCGUCCCGGUGUGGGAGGAUUGAAAUGUGACCACUGCAUCCCGUCAUUUUAUGGAAUUCACUUGAUUUCUCAGGGAGCUUUAUCCUGUAGACCAUGCGGCUGUAGUUCAUUUGGCUCAGCGCGAUCUGAUUGCGAACAGACAACUGGAAAAUGUGAAUGUCGAUAUCCAGCAUUCGGUGAAAAAUGCAACUUAUGCCCUUCUGGAAUGAUCAUGACUCCGACAGGAUGUGUUCUAGCUUCAGAAUAUACCACACCACGAGAUUGCCAUUCUCAAAUUUGUCAUCACGGAGCAAAGUGCGUAAAAUCACACGCAUCCUUCCCAGAUUGUGUGUGUCCCACAAAUUGUAAUUUAAAUAAUAUGGGAUUAGUGGCAAAUAUGACCGUGUGCGGAUCCGACGGAUCGACCUACACAAACAUUUGCGAAUUGAGAAUUUUCGCUUGCAAGCAUCAAUUAGACAUUGUGCCGGUUUCUAUGGGAGUUUGUGAUAACGAAAAUCUGGAAGUGCUUGGUCGCUUAUCACGUGAGAACACACUGAGUGUUGAGCGUCGCCUUGGUUCACCGUGCAGCAAUAACGAGGAAUGUCAAAACCUAAACGCGCAGUGUGUUUAUCGACCCGGCAGGAAAACGAUUUGCGACUGUGAAGAAGGUUGGAAAACAAGCAAUGGAGUUCUUUUGGAGAUCGAUGACGAUGCUGUGGAUUUGGAAGAGCUUCAACAAUUCUAUUUUCCUCCAUCAAUGUUUCGGACGUUGAAAUUUGGUAACAAAAGUUUCCUCAAAAUUGAAAAUUUAAACAUUGACGUCCGAGAAUUCGCCAAAUACGAAAUUUCUGUCAAGUCGGAGUCGGCAAAUGGACUUGUCUUUUAUCAAACGAUUCCAAACAAUCCGAAAUCUGAUUUCAUUGCCUUCUGUCUUAUUGAGUCCCGGCCACACUUUAUAUUUGAUCUUGGGUCUGGAUUAUCAUAUUUAAAAGGAGAGCCGCUACCUUUGAACACUUGGACUCGUAUUAAAUUUGAGAGGCAUGAAAAAAAUGCGUCACUCUAUGCAAAUGGAACCUUUGUUAAAAACCAUGUUACUAAGGGUAAAAAUUCACACUUGGAUAUUAAUCAUAAUGACGUGAUAUUUAUGGGAUUUGUUCCGGAUGACAGUAUUGUUUCCCGAAAAGUUAGAAAAAUCAAUGUGCCUUUCGUUGGUGAAAUUCAAGACAUUCGAAUUAACGAGUUCCCACUGAAUUUGGACCAAGCGUCCAGUGAAAAUCUGCCCGAUUACCUAGAAUUUGAUGAAAAACUAUGUCCGAAAUGCAGCGGCACUUGUUUUUCUCGAAGUGGAAGACCCGUUUGCCGUGAAAUUCCGGACGAGUUUGAGCGUGAAAUACAUAUUGACGAAAAUGAUGAGAUUGCCGUGCCCAACAACGGAAGAAUUGCCGUAAGCCGCUCGAUUGUCUCCAAUUUCUCCAUAGAUUUUCGGACAAAUAAAGAGUUUGGAACCAUUUGGUUUGAAGGCGCUUGGUCCCAAAAUGACCCAGAGUCCGAUUUUUUGGCAAUAUUUGUCGAAGAAGGCAAGCUUUAUAUGGCAGUCAACUUGGGAAAUGAUCAAAAACUGAAACCAAUUUCAACAAAUAUUACGGUAGCUGAUAAUCGAUGGCAUACAAUUCGAUUUGAAAGAAAAGAGCGCAAAUGCGAAUUAUGGCUCGACUCGAGAAAGUUAUUGGCUGUUGUGACAUCGCCGGGAGACAUGUGGCUCGACACUAACGGCCUCAUUUAUCUUGGGGGCCGUCAGAUAGGCGGAAGUCGACAAUUAAACUACCUCGAUCUUCGCGAAAAGUUUGUCGGUUCUCUCAGGAAUGUUCGCGUGCUUGGUGAAAAAGUCAACAUUUUAGUUGACUCAUUAGCCGCGGAAGUAGCAUAA